AUGCUGAUCACUCUGUUUUUCUCCCUCCUGGUGUCUUCUGUCAUUGCCACAGAGAAAGACAAUGCUCUUCCCAGGCUGACUGACACCAAAGCUGCUGAGGCCUUCAUCGACUCUGCAGAAGUGGUGGUCAUCGGAUUUCUGGAGGGAGAGGAGAGUCACGGCUAUCAGGAACUCGUUGCAGCUGCAAAACGAGUUGACUCAGUCCCUGUGGCCAUUUGCACUGAGAAAGAGGUGUGGGCUGACUACAGCCUCUCCUCAGACACCAUCACCCUGUUCAGAAAGGCCGAUAACCACCAGGAAAACCUUGCUCUUGCAGAGGCCAAGAAGUUAGACGCUGACGGUCUUGUGAACUUCAUCACGAUCAACGAGGUCCGAUACAUCACAGAAUACAACCAAGUGACUGCAGUGGGCCUGUUCAACUCAGAGGUGAAGUCACACCUCCUGCUCUUUGCCAAUAGAGGGACUAAAGAAUAUAGUGAGCUACAGGAGCGACUGGGAGCUUUGGCCCCGGAGUUCACAGGAAAGUUCUUGUUUGUGCUGAUUAAUGGAGCAGUUAAGUCCAACUCCCGGUCACUGGGAUACUUCGGCCUCAAGUCUCAGGACCUCCCACGAGUUGGUAUUUAUGACGGUGACUCUGACAUGAAGUGGCUCCUUCCAGAGGGAGAGAUUUCAACUGAACGGGUCCAGGACUUCUGCCAGUCCUUUCUACAAGGGGAACUGAAGGAGGUGAAGCAGGCAGGAGCGGAGGCCAAAACAGAGCUCUAG